GUCAAAUUUUAAUAAAUUUGUGUAAUAAUUGUGCCAAGGAAGUCUCUUUUAAUAUAAAUUUUUCUGUUUUAGUGUCAAUAUUGUUAUUUUUUGUGAAAGUGUCAAACUGAGUUGUGUUUACCUAUUGAUUUGCUGUCUCAUGGUAGUCGGUGUUCUAAGCAAACUGUUUAUUAUUUCUCGGAAUGAACAGACAAUUGAUUGUUAUUUAUAGUAAUAAGGAUAAUAUUGGAUUUUUAUGAACAUAAGCUCGUCGUUAGUUUAAGUGUUGUUUAUUAUUGUACUGUCAGUGGGUGGAUCUGAAAGUGUCGGUACCAUGCUUUUGCAAACAAUGGUGUUUUCUAUUGCGGCCAUUGUUAACCUAUAAUUAACUGAAGUUAUGUAUUUGAAAAUCGCUGUAAAUUUUAAUUAUUUUUACAGAUCGUGGUUGUUUUUCAUAUACUCUUUGCACCAAUAUCGUAUUUUAUAGAUAGCUGGAGUUACAAACACAUUUAAAUACCGUGUUUUGAUUGUUGUUUCCUCUUAUUGGUUAUUACAACAUGGCGGCCCAAGUGGCAAGUCAGUCGAGUGAUGGCCCUCAAAACAGAGACAGUGCUGGAGGAGUGUCGUAUGCUAGUGCCGUGCUUAACUUCAAAAAUAUGGAUAAUAACAAGGAGAAUAUCAAUGCGUCAACUGUUGGGACUACACCAAAGGAAUCUGUGACAAAAGAAACACCUGUUAAAAAUAAAACAGUUAAUAAUCCUCAACAAAAAACUGGGAGACAGCCUGCAACUUAUGCCACAGCAAGUAAACCUAGUGCAAGUAACGAGGAGUUUCCCCAGAUUAACACAGCUGUAAGUAAAACUUCUAGGAAGAUGGGAAUGUCAACCAAAGGUGAUCAAUCAAAUGUAAAAAAGUCGUCACAAAAUUCUUCUACUAUUUGUGAUAGUGCUGACAGUGUUUGCAAUAGUGAUAUUUCGGUACAGCCUAGUCCUAGUGUCGAUUUAGAAUCAGAAAGCGUGGAUGCCGACUCAGUGGAGGAAGUUCCUGAAAAGAAAAAGUUUGUCGAGGCUCCUUUACCAAAGAUAAAUCCAUGGACUAAAAAUAAAAAUGCUGCAUCUGUGAUAACAGGCAAGCCGUCUGAUACCCCAUUACCUGUAGCAUCGCCUGCGCCAGUUCCAGAGAAGAGAGUGUUACAACCUCAACAACAGGGAACAGUUGAAAAUGGACCUCAGACGACAUCGCCACAGCCACAGCCUACGAUAGUGAGGGCACCCAAAGACAGGCGGCGCUACAAUCAAAAAGCCAGUGACUUCACAGACACAGACGACUGGCCUACUUUGGGCAAGGCAGCUCCACACACAGACAAGAAGUCAGUCAAGGAGACAGUGACCAGUAACAGCGGCGGAGAAACCCCCGCGAUCACCACGGAGCCCCGCCAAGUCACCAUCACAAUCACGGGGAAACAGAACGGGCACGACGACCCACAACAAACCACCCCCGAUAGUCAGGAUGCUGACAAGAAGAAAAAGACUGCCAAACCAAAAUGGGUGCCUUUAGAAGUAGUGGAUCUGUCAAAAGGUAGAAGUAAAAGAGACAGAUCUCCUAAACAUGCAAGGGAGAAAAAUGGAGAACACAACGGAGACAACGAGCCAGUAGUGAACGGUAACUACAGGGACUGGAGUGGCCGUGGUCGAGGGGGAGGCGGCCCCAGGCAUGGUGGUACCAGAGGUACGCGGGGGGGCAGAACGGGGGCGCGGGGCGUGAGGGCUGCUUACCCCCGUCCCCGACACAACGACUCUGACUACCCAGACUAUCCCACAGACUACACUCAGGUACCGGGGAUCAACAAGUUUGGUAACCCAGACGGCUUCAUGAUGCCAUUCAUGGGAACGUUCUACUUCGAUAGUUCAAGUUACCGCAACUUAGAUGAUUCUACACUCAUGGAAUGUAUCCGAAAACAGAUAGAGUACUACUUCAGCAAGGAAAACCUGAUGAAGGAUCUGUUCCUGAGACGCAAGAUGGAUGCUGAUGGCUACUUACCUGUCACACUCAUCGCCUCCUUCCAUCGGGUCCGAGCCCUGACACUGGACAUCAACAAGGUCCUGCAGGCCAUCAAACAGAGCAAGGAGCUUGAACUGACCUCUGAUGCUUUCAAGGUCAGGACAAUACACGACCCCACCAAGUGGCCUAUCCCGGACACUGUUGGCAAUCCUCUCAUCAUCUCCCCCCAACAUCCGCUGUCUAUGCACCCUCUAGGUCCACCCUUGAUGGCAGUGCCGCCACUCACCCCUCUGCCACCACCCAUGCACAGAGCCCCGGUGUUCCCUAUGCCAGUGGUGCCACCACCUCCCCUCCCCUACACGGCUGGUCCUACGGAUAAUCUCAACCCCAACGUACCCGAGUUUGUGCCUGUGGUGCAGCCAGUAGUCAACGGAACGUCGGACCCUGUGGACGAGUGCUCAGAGGCCUUGGAAGACACUGCCAUCAGUGAGUCAGACCACAGAACUACAGAGGACAGGGAUGUUGUCAGUGAGACCAAGGACAAGCCUGAACGUACAAAUACCUCGGAUGUCGCUGAGAGUAAAGUCGACAAGAAAGAAAAAGGAGGAAAAUCGAUAAGCGAUGACAGUACAAAUGAAGCCAAUACCAAACCUUCAGAAGAAGAUCUAUGGAAAGAAGUGAAGAGGAGAGUGAAGCCAGCAGGGCCCAAACAGGAGAGAGUAUCUCUUCAGCACCAGGCCCCAGAGGAGAGAGAAGAGCUGGACUUUCAGUUUGAUGAAGAGUUGGACGUUCCUACAGGCAGACACAACACAUUCACUGACUGGUCCGAGGAUGAGAGUGACGACUACGAGUUGUCAGAUCAUGAGAUCAACAAGCUUCUGAUUGUAACCCAGACGGCCGGGUCGUCGAGAAGACCCAAGCAUGACGGGUACGAUCGCACGGGUGACAAGACCUCCCGGGUCAAGAUGACCCAGGACCUGGAGCAAGCUAUCAACAUCGGGCUGCAGUACUACGAGGAGAACCUCUGGACAGAAAACGACUGGGUACAGUCGUCAUCUGGUAGCUACAAGACUGUGAAUGUCAUAACUCAGGAAGACUUUGAGAAGAUGGCUCCUAGAGCUCCUCGCAAGGUCAACCCUGAGGCACCUCCUCCUCCACCUCCCUCUCUGGCCACAGCAGCUGCCUUCCCUCACAAUGAGGACACAGACCUACUGGAGGUGUCUAAUGAGGUAGAAGCCAUGGAACAGAGCAAGACAGAGUCCAGUGGUAGAGUGAGAAGGCCGAUCCCUCCUCACAGACAAGCUCCGAGGUUCUUCGCCGUAGUCAAGGACCCGGAGAGGCCAGAGAAGGGCCGCAAACGCAAGACUCGGCACUCCAGCAACCCUCCUGUAGAGCAUCAUGUGGGGUGGAUCAUGGACGUCAGGGAACAUCGGCCUCGCACCUCCUCCAUGGGGAGCAGCACAGGGACCAGUCCCAACGAAGGGUUCCUCUCAGGAGGCACUCCUAGCUCCUUGCCUACAUUCCAGCACCCCUCACACUCCCUGCUCAAAGAGAACAACUUUACACAACAAGUCUACCACAAGUACCACUCCAGGUGUCUCAAAGAACGCAAGAAACUGGGCGUAGGGCAGUCACAAGAGAUGAACACGCUUUUCCGGUUCUGGUCGUUCUUCUUGCGAGAAAACUUCAACAGGAACAUGUAUCAAGAAUUCAAAACCUUGGCUCUCGAAGAUGCUAAAUCUGGCUUCAGGUACGGACUUGAAUGCCUCUUCAGAUACUACAGCUAUGGACUAGAAAAGAAGUUCCGACCGGAACUGUACAAAGACUUUCAGACUGAAACUAUUAACGAUUAUGAGAGUGGCCAACUUUACGGACUUGAAAAGUUUUGGGCAUUCCUUAAAUACUACAAACAUGCUCAGAAAUUACAUGUUCUACCAAAGCUCAAAGAACACCUGUCUAAUUUUAAGACGAUAGAAGACUUCAGAAUAUACGAGCCGGCUGAGGAGAUGGAGGGUUAUCCCGGGGGUCUGCGGGGCCUUGCAGCAGCCAAGAGACGCAACAGGUCAGUGUCAGAGUCAGCCACAUGGGAGUCCACGGCGGGGCUACGACGAUACAGCAGCGGGGGCAUCAUUAGACAACGGGCCGACUCCACAGGGGCUCGUCGCAGAUACGACUCAACCGGUGAUGGUAAGUUUAGAAAUCGUGUGAACUUUGAUCUUCCGCCAGACAAGAAGCACUCCAGUUCAGCUCAGAACAUUAUGUCACCUUCGUUGGCAAGAAAGAAACUGACCCAACAGCAACAGAAAGCCCCUGCCACGGUAGACUGAUCCUCCUUACACCUUGGUGUCUUCCACGCAUGGAGCAGAUCAACGUCCAAAUGGUGAUUCAUUUGUUAUGGCUUUAAACCACGCUUAUAGUUAAAAGUUUUAUAGUUUCUCUAAGAUCCACUAUCAGUUCUCCCUAUGUACCAAUGAGGAUCAUAGUUUGUCCAUAAUAGUGAAUCAAAAUGAUUCUUGUCAUCGAUUUUUCAAUAUGCAAUAUUUAAGUUUUAUUAAACAUAAUAGGUAUCCAUCUAAGCUUUGUAAUCAUAAAAAAUAUAUAUUUGUAAUUAAUUUUUUUAAUGUUUAAGGGCCAUUGCUCUAUUUUUAUAAUUUAUCUCUUUCUUUACUACUGUUAUAUUUGAAUAUCAUUAAAUUAAUUAUUUUCAAACUUAAUGUUUGCUACAAUUUAAUUUUUGGUAAUAUAUAUUGUUUUUAAUUGUAUAACAAUAUUUAUUUAAUACUGUUUAAAAAUCUUUAAUAAUUUUUCUUUUAACUUACAUGAUUGUACAUACAUUUCCCCAUAUUCAUAAGUAAAUUACAAAACUAAAAAUAUUAAAUAUAUAUAGGACUAUAAAAUCCUUAAAUAAUGUAUAAAAAUACAAAUUUGAAUGUUUUAUUACGAUUAUAAUGUAAAUGUAUAAAUUAUGAAGCAAAGAUAGUUUUUGUAUGUUGAUGUGUAUCGAUCAUUUUAUUUUGUACAAUUACUCCACAGCAUACUUGUGUGAUUACAGCUACUCAGAUAAUCCAAAUGAAAGCUAGAUAAAUAUUUUGAUAUAGCACAAAGCUAAGUUUAUUGUAUAUUAGAUAAUAGCCUAAGGUUUUAAAGUGAAAUGCCAGAAGCUAAAACAUUUUACUAUCCAUACAUGAAUAAAAUGUUCAAAAUUGGGAUUUGGGCAUUCACUUUUGGAAAUUCAAUAUGAUAGUUGUAAUCUUGUAUUUAAAAUAAUAUUGUAGCUUUUGUAUGUUUUAUUAAAUUUGAUUAAUGUUUUACGCCUUGAUUAUAUGAAUGGCCCCACAACCUGAUUUCCAUAUUACAUGUUGCUCUGUUAACCAACUUCCUUUGUUACUUUCACUUUGUUGUUUUGUUUUCUUUUCAUCGGGUAUUUUUCAGGAUGUUUAUAGUGUACGUUAUGUUCUGUAUUCAGUCAGAUUUUAUGUUAGUACAGUGGCUGUUAGUUUUCUUGUAUUUUAUUUCUAGUUAUUAUUAACCCUCAAAUUGUCUAAACUCACCGUAGUGUCAUAUCAUAUCUAACUUGGAGAAAGUUGAUAUGUUUGUUAUACAUAAUAUUAGAUUAUAAUAUCCUUCUUAUGACUUACCACCUCUAUUGGCAAAUCGAUAACCGAGUAUUACUACCGAAGUCUUUUGAGGAUAUAAUUCUAGUCCAAAACGGUUUAUCAGAUAAAAUUUAGCUUGGCGCAAAAGGUUCCUAUCCGAAAUUGUUACCGACAGUCAUUCACGGCCCAACCCGUGAUAACGUACUUGGGUGCGUCACGUAGUUUGUUAGGCACAACGUAGUUUGUUGUUAGGAUAGUCGGGGGUUUUCAGUCGGGAUAGCCAUGUUUGUUUACGUGUAUAACAGUCUGUAUAUUGUUAUCUUAUUAUAACCUGACAUUUUUGUUUUGGUAGGUGCAUAGUUUCUAAUGUGUGAUUUUUUGCUUAAUUGUAAUUGUACAUAGAGUAAGUUAAGUGUAAGUAGUUUAAGUGAGAUGUGACUGAAACGAAAGAUAAUAGGUUCCAACAUAAUAGGUUCCAAUGUCGGUUUUCUUUUAUUCAAAAUUACCACCUAUAUCCUCAGUUGCUCAACGAUCCGUAGUGUUGUAAAUAAUCUUAUACAUAUAAAUAUAUAUAUAUAUACCUUAUCCUUGUGUAACAGUAAGCUUGUAUAUUACUGAUGUGCUUCAUGUUCAAUAUACUUUUGGUUACUUUUACACUUUUUGUAUUCUUUGACACAGUGCCUAGGGAAAAGUUCUAACUCUGAACGCGUAGACCAGGUUAAUCUGUUAAAAUUUUAAUUUUUGUGUGCCAGAAGUAAGUAGUGAGUAAGUUUAUACAAUUAGCUUAUCUGCUAGCUGAAUAGGUUGAACCGUGUAAUUUAAAUGUUAUUGCCCUGAAACUAAACUGAACAUUUAACUCUGGACUUCUGAGCUUUUGAUCUACAAUGCAUUUAAGUUUUCUCAAGAAGUAAAGUACUAAACAUUUUUUACCUGUAUACCCAGUAGUUUUAGUUUUCAACUUCACAUUUUUACCUGAACAAAGUUUUCUCAUUAAAUCUUAGUGUAAGGUGACAUUAAAUUAACAUUUUCAAAAUAAAGUUUAGAAGUAGAUGUUGUACUUUUAUACAUGGUGCUAAAAACUGAAUUAAUCGAUGAAUGCCCUUUUUGGAAAUUAUCCACUAGGAUAUAUUUUUAGUUUAAACGUAAUUAAAGGUUGUUAUAUCAAAGAUGUACUUUUAGGUUGAAUCCUAUUUGUAACUUUGUUUGAUAUUCAUAAUCUAGCCGUUCUAGCCAGACAAUACUUAUUACUUAAUGCAAUUCUUUAUUUUAUAUAUCAAAGAUCAUAAAUAUUGUAAUAUUAUUUUGGGGAACUUUUAUUUUUAUUUGUGGUGUGGUUUCGACCUUUCUUCAUUUUUCCUCUAGUGAGACGCUACUAAAAUUGUUUAUCCUUAUCAUCACUUAAAAGGUUGUAUUUCUGAAUCAACAAUAAGAUAUUUGUUGUACAUAAUUAAUUUUUAAGUUAUUUUAAAGAAAAGGAAGAUUUUUUAUGUUUAGAUUGUUUAAAUUGUUGCAUGACUAAACUUUUUUUUGAAAUUUGUUGGUUAUGUCUUUUAAAUCAAAGGUAUUGGUUAUUUUUACAACAGGCACACUUGGUUUUAGUGCCUUUUUUGUGUCACAGUUUUGGUAACAGAUGUCUCCAUAAAUAGUGACUUGUGAUAUGAUUUUCUUAUUCAAUAACGUAGUUUUUAGUUUUUUGGCUAACAUUAUGGCAAUAAUAAAUUAUUAUAUCGUUUGUGUCUGCAACAGUAGAUUGAAUUUUCAGUUACAAACUAUUUCAAGAUUAAGAGAUAUUUAAUUUACACUUCUUGUUUUAUGGAAGAAAGAAUUAUUUUCAUAAAAGUACAUUUUGUGUUUAGUUACUCAAUAUUCUGGAUGAUGAAUUAUUAUUCAAUCACAUUAUACUAAAUUAACAAAAGAUUUUCUGUGUCAUUCAAGAAGUAAUUAUUAUGUUGUUAAUUUUCAUUUUACAUUGCAUUUAGAAUCAAAAUGGAAAUUCAAGAAGUUGUUGUAAGACAGGUGUAUAUAUUUCAACUGUACAUUACCCAUGAUUCCACACUCCUUGGGGCUCUGUUUUUCUCUGAUUUGGUCUCACAUUUCUAGUUAAGUUUGACUUUUCUACAAUUUAGGGAUGAGGUUUGGGGUUAUUAUAGUUUUUUUUAGUGUUAAGUGCAUUUUCUCAUGUAAUCAUUAUCAUGGUAAUUUUAAAAUGCGUGUUUAUAUAAUAUUUUUGCGAGUAUGUGUUAAGGAUAGUCAUAUUAAUAUUAAUAAUGUAGUUAAGACAAAAAACACAAAAAAUAAAAAAAUAAUAAAAACUAUAAAAAACGA